GGGAGGGCCAUGGCCCUGCUGCUGUACCUGGGCAUGACCGCGGCGCUGGCCCGCGGCUGCCUGCACUGUGACAGUAACUUCUCGGUGAAGUUCUCCUUCUACCGUAACCACGUCAACCUCAAAUCCUGGUGGGUCGGCGACAUCCCCGUGUCGGGCUCGCUUCUCACCGACUGGAGCCAGAACACCAUGAACGAGCUGCAUCUAAUCAUCCCCGCAGAGAUCACCCGGGAGAAGCUGAGCGAGGUGGCCAGCGCGGUAUACCAGAGGUUGGAUCAGCUGUACCAGGGGCGGAUGUACUUCCCGGGGUACUUCCCCAACGAGCUGCGCUCCAUCUUCCGGGACCAGGUGCACCUCAUCCAGAAUGCUAUCAUUCAGAGCCGCAUCGACUGUCAGCAACACUGUGGCAUCUUCCGGUAUGACACCAUCUCUUGCACCAACUGCACGGACUCCCAUGUUCUCUGCUUUGGCUACAACUGCGAGUCGUCUACGCAGUGGCAGCAGGCAGUACAGGGCCUUCUCUCGUACAUAAGCGCAUGGCACAAACAGGACACCAGCAUGAGCCUAAUGUUGCCGCGCCUCGUGUGUCUGGAGCCACCACACCUGGCCAACUUGACGCUGGAGAACGCCUCCGAGUGCCUGACCCAGCACUGA